CAUAAAUUUGCAAUUUAUGGCAAUAUACAUGUAGUUUAAAUUACAUGCUGUAAAUUAAAAUACUGUGAUGCUGAAUUCUAUGCGAUGGGGACGAGGAAAGCUUUGAAUUGCGUAGACAUAAUUCUCAACAUUCAUGCAAUGCUGUCUUUUUUAGGUCUAGUCAAAAUUUAAGUGCUGUGGAGUUCAAAAAUAUCUUGUUUCCAGUGUUAUCAGAUUACCAAUUCCACAGACAACACGACACAUUAUUCUAAAUAUUGGUUUACAAGCCCAUGCACGCGCUGGUGGGGGAGUGAGGCAAUAUAGGACGAUUAAAUACAUCAAGAUUAGGAUUACGAGUACCAUUUCCCUUAAUGACUAUAUAAGCAUCUCCCCACGGUCGUAAUCAAUAGCUAUUUACUUAUGCAAGUCAUCCCCCCCCUCAAAAAAAGUCGUUUCAGUCUCUUUUCCGUAAGGGUUACUUCCGGCCCCUUUACAGAUGUUCUGCAGAAGUCCCGAAGUCGCCCACCACUUCACCUUUUCAACUGAUUCAUGAAAUCACAGUUAGAGUAGGAGGAGAGCGCAGAGCCGGAAGUCCUUCCCCGAGCUCCCAUUGGUCUUUUACUUUAUCAAUCAGGCUCCGGAGGACCAACACGCUGCCAGCGCUGCCCUGCAUUUCCCUUUAAGUAGGGAGACCUAAGAAAAGGAGUUCUGUGCCUCUCUUGCCCUUUCCCUUCGCGAAGUCUCGUUUCUUUGUGGUCUGUGAAUAUCCCAGAUGGCCAAUUCCCUCAAUGGCCGGAACCCAGGUGGCCGAGGAGGAAACCCCCGCAAAGGGCGUAUUCUGGGAUUCAUUGAUGCUAUUCAGGAUGCAGUUGGCCCCCCCAAGCAGGCAGCUGCUGAUCGCAGGACUGUGGAAAAAACUUGGAAAUUAAUGGAUAAAGUGGUCAGACUGUGUCAGAAUCCCAAACUUCAAUUGAAAAAUAGCCCACCUUACAUACUUGACAUUUUACCGGAUACGUACCAACACUUGCGACUUAUUUUGGGCAAGUAUGAUGAUAACCAGAAACUUUCACAGCUCAGUGAAAAUGAAUAUUUUAAAAUCUAUAUUGAUAGCCUCAUGAAAAAGUCAAAACGAGCUAUAAGACUUUUUAAGGAGGGAAAAGAAAGAAUGUACGAAGAACAAUCACAGGACAGGCGAAAUCUUACAAAAUUGUCCCUCAUCUUCAGUCAUAUGCUUGCAGAAAUAAAGGCAAUCUUCCCUAAUGCUCAAUUCCAGGGUGACAACUUUCGUAUCACAAAAGCAGAUGCUGCAGAAUUCUGGAAGAAGUUCUUCGGAGAAAAGACCAUAGUGCCUUGGAAAGUAUUCCGACAAUGUCUUCAUGAGGUGCAUCAAAUUAGUUCUGGUCUGGAAGCGAUGGCUUUGAAGUCUACUAUUGAUCUAACAUGCAAUGACUAUAUUUCAGUUUUUGAAUUUGAUAUCUUCACAAGAUUAUUUCAGCCUUGGGGUUCAAUAUUAAGAAACUGGAACUUCUUAGCUGUGACUCAUCCUGGAUAUAUGGCAUUUCUGACUUAUGAUGAAGUUAAAGCACGGUUACAGAAAUAUAGCACCAAACCAGGAAGCUACAUUUUUAGAUUAAGUUGCACUCGACUUGGGCAGUGGGCUAUUGGUUAUGUCACUGGUGAUGGAAAUAUUUUACAGACCAUACCCCACAAUAAGCCUUUAUUUCAAGCUCUAAUUGAUGGCAGCCGGGAAGGAUUCUAUCUUUAUCCAGAUGGACGAAGUUAUAACCCUGAUCUGACAGGACUAUGUGAACCUAUUCCACAUGAUCAUAUAAAAGUUACACAGAGGCUCUUCAUUGCAGUCAUUCCUUUUCAGGAACAAUAUGAAUUAUAUUGUGAAAUGGGUUCCACAUUCCAGCUUUGUAAAAUUUGUGCUGAAAAUGAUAAAGAUGUGAAGAUUGAACCUUGUGGACAUUUGAUGUGUACAUCUUGCCUAACCGCAUGGCAGGAAUCUGAUGGUCAAGGAUGUCCUUUUUGCCGUUGUGAAAUCAAAGGAACUGAACCCAUAAUUGUAGAUCCCUUUGAUCCCAGAGAUGAAAACAUAAGAUGCUGCAGUAUUUUGGAUAGCUUUGGUAUUCCUAUGCUUGACUUCGAUGAUGAUGAUGAUAGAGAAGAGUCUUUGAUGAUGAAUCGGUUAGCUUCUGUGCGAAAGUGUAAUGAAAGACAGAAUUCCCCAGUGACAUCUCCAGGAUCAUCUCCUCUUGCUCAAAGAAGGAAACAAUUUCCUGAUCCCAUACAAGGAUCCCAUCUUACCCUUCCACCAGUCCCUCCUCGAUUGGACCUAAUACAGAAAGGAGUUUGCCGAUCUCCUUGUUCCAGCCCAACAAACUCACCAAAGUCUUCUCCAGGUAUGAUGAGGAAACAAGACAAGCCUCUUCCAGCACCACCACCACCAAUACGAGAUCCACCUCCACCUCCACCAGAAAGGCCUCCACCCAUUCCUCCAGAUAAUAGAUUAAGUAGACAUUUGCAUCAUCCUGAAAGUGUAUCUGCCAGGGAACAACCAAUGCCACUUGAAGCCUGGUGCCCCAGAGAAGUGUGUGGGAAUAAUCAAAUUGUGGGAUGUCGUAUAGUAGGAAAUGAUAAUUGUCCCAAAACUGGACUUACUGCGAGCUCAAAUAUGAAUGGACGACAUUGUCGUAUGGGUUCUGAUCCAUUAUUUCUGCGAAAGCACAGAUUCUCUGAAUUACCUUUAGAAGGUACCAAGAUAUUUUCAAAUGGACAUCUAGGUAAUGAGGAAUAUGAUGUUCCACCUCGCAUUUCACCUCCCCCACCAGUUGUUUCAGCUAUGCCAAAUAUGAAGUCUUCUGUUGCUGUUAUAAAUUCCUUUUCUGAAAAAUCAAGAGAACAUGUAGAAGAUGAGUACAAGAUUCCUUCAUCCCAUCCUGUUUCUUUGCCUUCACAAUCACUUCAUUGCCAUAAUAUGAAGUCCCAUAUUCGUGUAUUUGAAAAUGGUCAGUGCUCUGGAAUAAGUAGUGAAAUGCACAAUACUUCAUCUGAGAUGAAAAAAUUGAAACAACCUGAUAUAGGAGAAGCCUUUGAUUCUACUAUUCCAAUACCUUUGCCGCCUCUGCGACCUCCACUGAGGGAAAAUUUGAAACAUGCAUCUGUACUCAAUAGAACGUCCUCUGAUUAUGACUUGCUUGUGCAUCCUCCAGGUGAAGAUUUGUCCGACAAUCCACCACCUUCCCUUCCUCCACCUCCACCACCUCCUGCACGCCAUAGCUUCAUUGAGCAAACAAGACCACUUGUUGCAGGAAAUAGACCCCUGUCUGGACAUGAACUGUACCACCCUCCCACUGAUCUUUUUUUUGAUCCUACAAAUGGCUCAGUUCCUUUACCACCUGUUAGAAGAUUAACCAUUGAAAAUAUAAAGGCCCAUAGAAUAUCUCAGGAUUAUGACCAACUGCCAUCUUCUUCAGAUUGUUCACAAGCACCAGCCAGACCUCCAAAACCACUUCCUCGUAGGACUGCUCCAGAAAUACACCAUAGGAAGGCACAUAAGACAUCUAUAGAAAAUGUUGAUGCAAAGAUCGCAAAACUUAUGGGAGAAGGUUAUUCUUUUGAAGAAGUGAAGAGGGCCCUUGAAAUAGCCCAGAAUAAUCUUGAUGUAGCACGGAGCAUUCUAAGAGAAUUUGCUUGCUUUCCUUCAUCAGUUUCUCCACGACUCAAUCUAUAGUAUGGAAAAUCUUGCAGCUAGCCUAAUUCUCCGUGGGUGUGUGGGUGGGUGUGUAAACAUGAGAAAUAUUGUCCAGAGUGAGAUGGGAUUCAAGUGAGAUUUUUUUUCCCUGGAUGUAUCUUCAAAGAAUGAGUUGGAACAAUUUUUCAGAAUAAGAUCAGCUGCUCACUUCAAGAUAUAAGUGAAUUAAAUCUGUAUUUUUGCUAGCCAUAUUUUUGAAUCAGGGUUGAACUGACAAAUAAUUUAAAGAUGUUUACUUCCCAUGAACUUUUAAUCUGUGAAAUGCUUUUUUCAUGUUUACAAAAUGGUAAAUGACAAUUUUAAAGCUGAUAGUCCUCCUUUGUUCUUGUUCAUAUUUUCUACUGUGAGGCAUUUCCAGUUGUCUUUAUACUGAUUUGCCCCAUUUACUAAGUCAGUUACUUUUUAUAUACAUAUAAGUGCACUCUCCAUUUUUAUUUUUCAAGGAGCUUUAAAUGCUUUUUGCAUUUCUGCUCAAAUAAAAUGCAAGAAAAAUGAGGCCUUCACUACUGAUUUUAUUUUUCUGAUAGACCAUUGCUAUUUACACAAAGUAAAAAAAAUAUGAAUGUGUAAUACAUUACUUUGUUACUGGUCUAUUUUAAAAGAGAUUUUGACCAGCAACAAACCAGUAGUUUUUCUUUGUGGUUGUUAAGCUUCAAGAUCAGUAUGGUUAACUUAAAAAAUUAAAAUAUACAGUAUUGCAUGAUAAUGACCUGAAAACAUAAAUCCUUUUUUGAUAUAGUUAUUCAAAAUCCAAAAAUUAUGGGAUUGAAAUUAGACUUUUGUUCCUUGGCAAGCUUAAUAAAAGGCUGUGCGUGCCUUAAUAUUGGCAGAUAUAUGAAAUCCAUCAGAGUGAAUUUUAUUAUCAGUGGCCAGGUAAAUUAUUGUCUUAUGGAAAUAAAUAUUUGAUUAAUUUCCUGUGUAGAUAAUUAUUUCAUCACAGUUUUGAGGACAGGAUCAUUUUAAGAACUCUUUAAAUUUUCUAUGCUGUCACUGAAUUCUAUAUCUACCAAUUUUACAAGGAUUUUAAUUAAGUUACAUUAUACCUUAAAUGUUCAUUCAGUCUUCAGUUCAACUUAUUGUGUUGUGUCUGUAUUCUUGAACAUAACUUUUUGCCAUGAGUGGCUGGUAAUUU